AUGGACGGAGAGGGAAUGUUAGGCGAGACUUCGUCGGGAACUCAGCUCGAGAAUUGGAUAGAAGAGCAGGAUCGGCUGAAGAAGAAACUGAUCGCGUACGAUGACUUCCCAUGGAAGUUAUCUUCAUCAGUGGAACUGCCUCAGGGAUCAGAGAUGCUUAGGUACGUUGGAGGUGUGGACAUGAGCUUUGCCAAGGAAGACCCCUCGGUGGCAUGCGCUUGUCUCGUCGUUCUCGAGCUACGUUCUCUGCGUGUAGUCCACCAUGACUUCUCUCUCCUCCACCUCCAUGUUCCCUAUGUCCCUGGAUUUCUUGCCUUUCGUGAGGCUCCGGUUCUCUUGAAGCUUCUGCAGAAAAUGAAGGACGAUCAGCAUCCUUUCUAUCCUCAGGUACUGAUGGUGGAUGGAAAUGGAAUACUUCAUCCACGAGGAUUUGGCUUGGCGUGUCAUCUGGGUGUUCUGGCUCACCUCCCUGCCAUUGGAGUCGGAAAAAACCUGCAUCAUGUGGAUGGUCUGAAUCAAUCUGAGGUUAGACGGUCGUUCCAGCUCAAAGAAAGCCAGGAUGAACAAGUUAUCACUUUGGUAGGGAACUCUGGAUCUACGUGGGGAGUAGGGUUUAGGCCAACUCUGAAUUCACUGAAGCCCAUUUACAUUUCAAUUGGCCAUCGCAUAUCACUUGACUCUGCGGUUAAGAUUGCCAAGAUUACAUGCAAGUACCGUGUUCCGGAGCCUAUUAGACAGGCAGAUAUAAGAUCAAGAGCAUAUCUUCAAAAGCAUCAACGUCGUCUUUUAAAAGAAUUGGGACCACAGGACUGA